AGUCGAGUCUGCUGAAGGAUUGUUGUCAUUUUUUUUUUUUAUCUGUGGCUAGCCGUCAGAGCUAGGCGCUUGGUUUUUCCUCUCUAACACACUUUGAUCCAGCAGGAUGUUAGUAUGGAGUGUGUCCCAGUUUUGCCGGACAGCCUGGUGUUGGAGAUCUUCCUGCGUCUGCCCCAUGAUGCCGUGCUGGAAGCCGGUCUGACCUGCAGACAGUGGCUCGCUGUCUCCAGGGAUGAGUUCCUUUGGAGGGAGCUGUUCUACAGCUACUACCGCAUUCCACGCUCCGUACCCCGACACCCGGCUGCGGUGUCAUGGUACAGGGAGUUCAGGCGUCUGUUCGACUGUAUCCCCUGUGUGGAGGUUCAGACCCUGAGAGAGCACACUGACCAAGUCCUCCACCUGGCGUUCUCUCACAGGGGUCACCGGUUCUCCUCCUGCUCUAAGGACUGCACAGUGAAGCUAUGGGACACUGAGCGGCAAGAUGGGAACAUCUCGAUGGUGCACAGCUCCAGCAUGCGUCAGUUUAACUGGGGCUACACCCAGUUCUCCCAGUUCAACGCUGACGACACCCUGCUGCUCGUGUCCGGCGUCUACCUUGGUCCACACCACUCCUCGUCUGGGGAAAUCGCUGUCAUCAGUCUGGAAAACUACACGCUGUUGUCCCGGGUGAGGAACAAACCGUACGAUGUGUUCGGCUGCUGGCUGAACGAGACCCACCUGAUCUCGGGGAACCUGCACUGGAUCGGCAACAUGACGUCGUGCUCUGUGCUCUGGCUCAACAAAGCAUUCCAGGACGUUGAAUCGGAGAACGUCAACGUAGUCAAACGCCUUUUCAAGAUCCAGAACAUCAACGCCAGCACCAUCCGCACGGUGAUGGUGGCCCACUGUCGUCGCCACGACAACCCGGAUUUGCUGCUAGACUACGAGGCUCAGUCCCAGGCUCGACGGAUGAAAGGGCAGCAGCAGCAGCACCACCACCAGCCUCUUCUCUUCGACCUGGGGACCUCCGGCAGCGAGGAAGAUGACGAAGAGGAGGAGGACAAGGAGCGCCAGAAGGAGGCCAGGUGUCAUGGCGUCUCCUCUGCCCGCAUUUCUCAGCCCACUAUCUCUGGCCUUGAGCAGGUUCUACAGAGUCGUAAAAACGUGGAGCCCAGUGAGCUGGAGAUUGAGACCCAGGUGGCUCAGAUGAUGGGCAGAGUGUACACGAAGGCUCCUGCCUCCAGCUUAAUCGAGCCGUCUGAUCCCGAUGAGGACAAAACUUACUUACUCUUCACCACUGGCAGCCUUACGUACUCCCCUCACCAGAUAGGAAUUAAACGGAUCAAGCCGGACCAGAUGACCACUUCUGGUCCCGUACUCGGGGAGGAGCGGAGUUCAGAUGAGUUUUUUGAUUCGCUGGAUCAUGUCAUAGAUAUCCACGGACACAUCAUCGGGAUGGGCCUUUCUCCAGACCACAGGUACCUUUAUGUAAACAGUCGGGCGUGGCCUGCCGGGUGCGUGAUCUCCGACCCCAUGUCUCCCCCUCCGAUCGCAGAGGAGAUCGAUCUCCACGUGAUCGAUCUGAAGAGUUUGAGGGAGGAGAGAAGGAGUCUGCGCGCCCACCGAGCCUUCACGCCCAACGACGAGUGCUUCUUCAUCUUCCUUGAUGUCAGCAGAGACUUUGUUGCCAGUGGAGCAGAGGACAAGCACGGGUACAUCUGGGACCGACACUACAACAUCUGCCUGGCGCGUCUGGCGCACGACGACGUGGUGAACUCUGUGGCGUUCAGCCCUGCCGACCAGGAGCUGCUGCUGUCUGCCAGCGAUGACUCUACCAUAAAGGUGUGGCGCUCACCACGGAUGGUCCGCCUGUCUCAGACUCCCUCCAGGCCGCCAAGGCCCCGCAACCUCCUGUCGUCCUGGAUGAGCCGCAACAAGAACUCAACAUCUGCCGGCAGUGUGAACGGAAAACCGUGAGUCAGGUUGGAAAAAAAAACAAAAAACACGUUCAGUAGGAGGGAGAGGGAGGGGGGAAAGUUUGAUCUCUUUCCUCUGUGGUGUGAAUAGAAAUAUACAUACACUCCAUGUAUAUGUACAGUGUGGAAACAGGCGGUUGUUUUGCUUGAGCUCACAAUGUUGUGACGCAGAAGUGCAGGUGAUCUUCAGCUGACAGGAGAGGGUUUGUGAUGUGACUCAGGUGUACACAAGAGGGCGCCAGAGCACCAGCACAAGGACAGAAAGCAGCGCAGACUCUGCCCUUCUUCUGACAGGAGUGAUGUGAAUUUUUUUUUUUUUUUUAUCACAGAUAGAGGUAGUGUAGAGCUGACACCUAAACGCACAAGACGUCCAAACGUGUUCCCCAAGAGAUGGUUCUUGUCAGUUUUUAUUUGUCAGUUCAGGGUCAGACACAGGACUCCUGGACCUGAGGUGUAAAUGUGUGUAAAUGUUCUGCAGAGAGAAAACCGGUAUGUCCUGCUCAUCAGAGACAAACUGCUGUAACUGAGAAUCAUUUCAGAAAAGUCUUUUCUUAUUUAUGGAUGUAUUCAGUUGAUGUCAUGAGUGUAAACACCCAACGAACCCUGUCUCCAGAGAAUUCAAACAAAACAAAAGGGAAGACAGCAUUUAGCUGCGUUUACUGCAGUCUGCCUUUUUUUUAAUCCCCUCCCAUUGUUUCUGUGCCGCAGAAUAGAUCCAUCACCUUUCUGUUCAAAGUACAAUUGUUGAAUAAUUUUAUCUAGAAGAGUUAUUGAGGAGCAGUUAGCUUGACGCUAGACUGCAAAAAAAAAAAAGAAGUUGGUGUAGCUAAUUGUUAUUUGGACCGUUAUAAUGUAGAGUAUUGUAUUUAAACACCUUAGAUCAUUUGUAGCACAAAGCUGCCGCCUUUAAAUCUGCCGAUCUGAAUCUGAACCUCCUGGAGUAUUUUUUUUUUAAAGGUCACAUAUUAUGCAAAAUACACCCCCUAAUUAUGAGUAAAGUCCAUCCUCUCCAUCUUUCACCUCCUCCACUUUUCAGAAAGUGUGUGCUCAAACAGGCCGUUCGGAGAUUUUCCCUUGAUGACAUCACAUAGGGCAGUACCCCUCCCCCAGGUGGGUGACACUCCCACAGCUCGGUGUUUGUUCUGCCCUCUGAGUCUGCCUUCUCACUGAGAACAAUUUGGGCAAGGGGUUAGGCAUCCGAUUCCAGAAAGGGGGCGUGGUCAGACACAGCUCAUUUACAUAUUUAGACACAGACACAGAAACAGCCUGUUCUGAGCAGGGCUGAAGUAGAGGGGUUUAUAGGCAUGAUCAAAUACAGGAUCAGAGUGGAUUUAGAACAAGAAACUUCACAGACAUGUUUCAGGGAGCUCUGAGACUUCUUUAAACUUGUUGAAAAGAAGGAUAAUAUGUGACCUUUAAAUAAAAGUGUUUUAUCGUUCCUCAUCAUGACAUGUUACAGGGUUUGUGUAAAAUCCUUUUCUAGAGUGUGGUGUACUUUGACAUAUUGAACAUGCAUACAGAAAACCCAAAAGCCCCUCCAAACACAUCAAUACAUCUAUAUCUAUAAACAAGAACGUCUGACAUUUUUAUGGACGGGUAUCCAAUUGUUUUUGUGUCAGAAAAAAAAGAGUCCCUUUAUGUGUUAUUAUAUUUAACUGUCCCACGUUGUUUAACGUCUUUAUAUAUAUGUAUGACCUUUGUUUGACCUUUAGGAUACAACGUGUCUGUUUCUGUUGCUGUGAAAGAAACUGUGAAAUUCACACACUUCAAAAGAGAAUAUUACAAGGAAGCUUUUAAUGAUCGGCCAUGUAAUAAAGUUCUGUUUAAAAACAAAA